AUGGCGAUGCCCAAGGGCCAGCUGGAGGCGAAGCUCAAGGAGGAGCACGACAUGAUCAACAGCGGGGUGCUGCGCGAGGAGAACCCGCUGGAUCUCACAGAAGACUUCAGUAACUUUCUCGAGGCCUGCCGACGAGGCGAUCUCAAGACGUGCCAGAACUAUAUCUUGGGCGGUGUCAACAUCAACGGCAAAGACGAGUUUGACUACACGCCUCUCAUUAUUGCAAGUUUGUGCGGGCACUAUGAAGUGGCCCAGCUGCUGCUCGAAUCUGGCGCGUUGGCGGAGCGCAACACGUUCCAGGGCGAGCGCUGUUUGUACAACGCCCUCAACGACCGCAUCCGCAACCUGCUGCUGGAGUAUGACUUCUCCAAGUCGGCCGACCCGCUGCAGCCCUGGUCGUCGCACAUCACAUCGCUGCUCUCGCGGCGCGAGCCCAAGACGUCCGACAUUACGCUGACGGCCAGCGCGGCGCCGGGUCUGACGGCCGAGGAGUUCCAGCUGCACAAGUUCUUCCUGGCCGCCCGCACGCCGUAUUUCCACCGAAAGCUGACGGAGGCACCCGACCUAGCCACCUGGAAGAUGUCGAACCACGUCGCGGCCGAGGCGUUCCGCAUCGUCCUGCACUAUCUGUACCUGGACGACCUGACGCCGCACACGGCCGCCCUGUCCGAUGAGGAGGAGCUGUUCCGCAGCAUCGACAAGAUCACGAAGCAGCUGGAGGUGGAGCAGCUGUGGGAGGCCAUGCUGGUCGGCAACGACCGGCGGCUGGCACGGCAGCGGUACGAGGACGAGGUCGAGCGGGCACAGCAGCAGAUCGAGGCCUUCUUCCGACGGCACGUCAUGGGCAACAAGAUGGUCGUCGAGACGAGCAAGGUCAACGACGUCAAGUGGCCGCACGACAACUUCAUCUUUGCGGACUGCUUGCUGUGCGCGGACGAAACGACAGACGAGACGGAUGCGCCGGACGACGCAAAUGACGACACGAUGAACCCGCCGGAGCGGACAAACAGCAUCCCGAUCGGCCCAGCGGCGAGCAGUGCAUCGGCAGCACCAAGAACACAAGAGACGGGCGCAUCAUCGUCAUCAUCCACGUCAGCGUCAGCAUCAGCACAAGAGUCAAAAACAAACGGAGAGCGGCCGUCGCGAAAGCCCCGCCGUUCCAUUUUGUAUCCUGCGCACAAGGCCCUGCUCGUGCGUGCCGACUACUUUGCGACCAUGUUUUCCAGUGCGUUCCUCGAAGCGCAGGCUUCCGAGCACCUGCGCAUCAUCAAGAUGGACUGUGCGCCCGAGGUUCUCGAGAUUGUGCUGUCGUUCUUGUACACAGAGCAGGCAGACAUCCCGCUGGACCUGGCACUGGACGUGCUGUACGUGGCCGACAUGCUGUUCCUGGAAAAGCUCAAGAUGAAGGCGGCUGUUAUCAUCAGCACGCUCGGCAGCGGCAACCGGUUCGCGAUGAACGACCCGACGCACCAAGAGAAAUUGGCCUCAGCCUCGGCCUCGGCCUCUACUUCGAAUGGACAAGACGGCCAAGGUGGUGCCGGCGGUGUCGGGGACUCUGGCGACAUCAACGUUUUUGAAGUCCUGCGCGCGGCGUGGGACCUCAAGGUGCAGCGACUGGAAGACUUUGCGGCGCGAUUCCUGGCGGCGCGACUGGAGCACUACAUUGAUGAGGAGGAGUUUGCAGACUUUGUGCUAGAAAGUGCAAACCGGCUGGAGACGCGGCAGGAGACCGACACGAUCGAGCUGAUUGACGACAUUCGGUAUUUCCUGUCGGAGCGGUUCCGGCUACGAUUCGAGGACAUAGCCUUGUCCGACAUGGAAGACGACGAUGCCGAGGAAGCGGCCGCCAAUGGAGACGCUGGUGGCGGUGGCGGUGAUGCUGUGGCGACCGCGGCUGCAAACGGCGUCAUUCGCACACUCGACGGCAAAGAGGUCGAGGACGAAUUUGACUCGGACGCUCUCAACUACCAGAUCUUGCUGGGAAAGAUUGAUAGUUUGCUGAAGCGGCUGGGUCUGGAUGCGUAG